AUGCAACUCGGCGAUGUAGAAAUAGUUAAUGAAAGUGGAGUAAUUAAUUAUAAGACAGAGCGACAAAAGCAAGCAGGAGCAUUAGAGUCCAUUUUGAAGAAAGGUGAUCUAAACAGACCAUCAUCACCCAUACCAGAAACCGGAGCUAUAGCUGAGAUUCCGCUUAAAACUCGAGAAGAACAUACGUCCGACUUCAAUAUAAUCUGUGAACGUGGUGCUUCUACUUCUGGGUCAAGCGCUAUUACAGGUGAAAGUGCUAUAACAGGGGAAGAGGCUAUGACAGGUGAAACUGCUAUUAUGUCGACCCAGCUACGUGGCCCAAUAGAUUAACAUACACAGAAAUAAUAUAUUUGGUAAAUAGGUUCUCCAGACCCACUGUAUGAAUUUCAAUUUCCACAAGAUAUCAAUGGUCGGAGAUUUACUUCGAGAUACUAUAAGAAAAAGCUUAAUAACGGUUAAGAAAUUU